AUGGCGACUUUAGACCAAAAAAAUCUAAUCUUGAAAGAACUUGCCGAAGUUUUAGACAGCAAUUUUGGACAUAUUGAUGUCGAAUUAUUCAAAAAUGAAUUCAAGAACAACAACCUUAAGACCGGUUCGCGAUAUAGUAAAGACAUCAGGGAAUUCGCGAUAUCUCUAAACUUUUACAGUCCAAGAGCAUAUAAAUUUGUACGCAAAACGCUACAUUUACCGCAUCCUGCUACACUUCGAUCAUGGGCAGGGAAUGUUCCUUGCAAGCCAGGGUUCCUGACAAAUUUCAUAAAGAGUCUUACAAACAAAUUACACCUUAGUGGAGAGAAAGAGUGUGCUUUGAUCUUGGACGAAAUGUCCAUAAGAAAAGAAACGCGAUGCGACAAAAAGCAGUCCAAAUUUGUAGGCAAUAUCAACUAUGGCGAUGGGAG